UGCACUCCAUACAGCCAGCCAUGCAGAGGAGGAUACAACACCGAUCAUUCCACUGACUGACUCUGUAGUCUACAUCACACAACUGUGUAGUGUGGUCCCUGGCUUGGAUCUGGACCAGCUACAACAACUAACAAGACAACUGGUGGUGGAUAGGGAUGGGUUCCAAACUGAGACUUGAGAGGACUUCUCAUUCAGUCCUACUGAUGGGAAGCGGUAAUCUUUCUGGAUUGAUGGUCUGCCUCCCAACCGUCUGAUUGACGACAGGACAGGAAGACAUGUUGUGAAGAGAGACAGAAGACAGACAGUCUAGUUGGAAGACAUAAAGGAGGAUCAUCAGCCUGUGUGUCCUGCAGCCAUGCUGUGGUACCUCCUGCCCUGCCAGCCCAGCUGCCACAUGAUCUGGCUGGUUCUGGCUGCCCUUCUCCUGCUGCUGACAGGCUGUGUGUCUGUGUCUCUGGAAGAGCUGCCCAAAGGCUCAGGGGACAUAGCUGGCAGCGGCUCCAUGAGCGCCAGCACUAACACUAACGCUCGCCAGUACAACUCUAUCCAGCACGGAUCCUGCACCUAUACCUUCCUGUUGCCAGAGAACGCUGGGGGGAACAGGCCGUGCUGGACGGAGGGGGAGGGGGUCGGCGGCUCCAGCACCAGCCAGGGACAGGGCCAGUACCAGGGGAACACUCUACAAGGAGAUGCCCCCCUGAUAAAGCCCAACAUCCCAGGACCGGCCCCGGCUCUGGGCAGCCAGAGGAUCCAACACCUGGAGCACGUCAUGGACAACUACACACAGUGGCUUCAGAAGAUUGAGAGCUAUGUGAAGGACAGUCUGAAGGUGCAGAUGGCUCAGCUGCAGCAAAGUGCUGUCCACAACCACACAGCCGCCAUCUUGGAUCUAGGCACCAACCUCCUGACCCAGACUGCCCAGCACACACGGAAACUGACAGAUGUAGAGACCCAGGUGUUGAAUCAGACCUCGAGGCUGGAGAUUCAGCUCCUGGAGAACUCUCUGUCCACCAACAAACUGGAGACCCAGCUCCUCCACCAAUCUACAGAGAUCAGCAAGCUGCACGACAAGAAUUGGCUCUUGGAGCAGAAGAUGCAGGAGCUGGAGUCUGGGCACCAUGAGGAGCUGGUUACCUUACAGAAGGAGAGGUCCAGCCUGCAGCAGCUGGUAGCCAGACAGAGCAGUGUGAUCACAGAGCUACACACCCAUCUGGACCAGGCCACUGGCAACAACAGUAUCCUGCUUAGUCAACAACAGCAGCUCACUGACACCGUCAACAGUCUGAUGAAACUCUGCUCUAAGGACAGAGGGUCUGGAGCAGUGGUCCCAAACAGCAACCUUGCCUUUAAGCAGAGAGAUUCAUCUCAUGAGGAGAGAAAGUAUCGGGACUGCUCUGAAAUCUUUCAAGCUGGCUUCAACAACAGUGGAGUCUAUACUAUUCACAUCAACACACAGGAGACCAAAAGGGUUUACUGUAACAUGGAGGCAGCAGGGGGAGGAUGGUCCGUCAUUCAGAGGAGAAAAGACGGGACCAUGGACUUCCAGAGAACGUGGAAGGAGUACAAGAUGGGCUUUGGGAGUCUGUUUGGAGAGCACUGGCUGGGGAAUGAGUUUGUGUUCCUGCUGACCAGUCAGAGGCCCUAUAACCUGAGGGUGGAACUGAUCGACUGGGACGGACAGCAGGCCUUCUCCCACUACGACCGCUUCUACAUCGGCAGCGAGAAGCAGAAUUACAGGCUGUUCCUGAAGAGUCAUAGUGGAACGGCAGGCAGACAGAGCAGCCUGGUCAUCAACGGAGCAGACUUCAGUACCAAGGAUAUGGACAAUGACAACUGCAUCUGCAAAUGUGCUCUCAUGCUCACCGGGGGUUGGUGGUUCGAUGCCUGUGGACCAUCGAACCUGAACGGGAUGUACUACAAUCAUGGUCAGAACAUGGGUAAACUGAAUGGGAUCAGGUGGCACUACUUCAAAGGGUCGAGUUACUCUCUCCGUGCUACCGCCAUGAUGAUACGACCAGCAGACUUCUGAGAGGACCUUUCGGUGACUGUCGUUGGGUACAUUGUCCAGAGCCAUAUUGGCAUCAUUAGCCAUGUUUCCAUCCAACUGUUUUUAUGGGAUAAAGUACUGGCCUGUUGCAUAAAAAAACUCAUAACAGGUGUGACGGAAACACAAAAUACAAGGUGGGAUAAUUGUUUGUACUUUGACUUGAGAAAAAGGAGCAACAUAAUCUUGCUUUCUAUGAGGAACUUGGAUUCUGACAUUCUGGUGCUUACAUGUCCUCUUGAAAGACAUUGAUUGUUUGAGACAGUAUGCUUCAGCACCAGCUCUGCUAUGAAUCAAACUGUAGAAGUGGGUCACAUGAAGAGGAUAUGAACGGAAGACUUGGUGCUUUUGAAAGACUUUCAUUUCUCGUUUCAUUAGUCUCUCUUUCAUUUCUCUUUUCAUUAGUCUCUUUUCAUUUCUCUCUUUUCAUUUGUCUCUGCUGUGCAUUGUUCUUGUAUGGGUAAGGUGGUCCUCUGUAGCUCAGCUGGUAGAGCACGGCGCUUGUAACGCCAAGGUAGUGGGUUCGAUCCC